CUACCCUUCCAAUAGUCCAAUACCAUACUACCAUAUUGGUCUUUGUUUGCACCCUGCAUUGUGAAAAACUGAAAACCUAAAAGUUUUUCCGUCUUUCGGCUUCCACCUAAGGACUCGCUUCUCAUUCGGCUUCAUCUUCAACCUGUUGAUUUCUCGUGAUAGCAUAUCAACCAUCAUGGCCGAUGAUGAAGCAAAGCCUCUCAAUUAUGUGUCAGAAAUUGUAUUAAAGAAGAGGAAAAGCAAUGAAGACUGGGCAAAUAGAAGGAAAGAGCAGUUGGAGCAAAGGGUGAAAAAGUCUAAAAGUGAUAAUUUUGUUAUCAAGAAACCCGAACAGUUUAUCAGAGAAUUCCGUGAUAAAGAGUCAGAUCUCAUAAAAAUGAAAUAUCGAGGAAAGCGACCAAUAAAAUCAUCAGCAUUUCCUCAAUCAAAACUCCUUUUUAUAAUACGUAUACAGGGUAAAAAUGACAUGCAUCCACAGACAAGAAAACUGUUGUACUCUCUGAGAUUAAGGAGAAUGUUUACUGGUGUUUUUGUCAAGGCAAAUGAUAGAAUCAUGGAAAUUUUACAGAAAAUCGAGCCGUAUGUCACUUAUGGGUACCCUAACCUGAAGAGUGUGAAUGAGCUGAUAUACAAGAAGGGGUUGGCAAAAAUCAACAAACAAGUAUUUCCAUUGACAGACAACAACAUCAUUGAGCAGGCUAUGAGUGAACAUGGAAUUAUAUGCAUAGAAGACAUAGUGAAGGAGAUAGCAAAUGUGGGUCCACAUUUCAAGGAGGUGUGCAGUUUUUUGUGUCCUUUCAAUUUGAAUAAACCAGAGAAGGCGUUGCAGGGUAAGAAGAAGGCAUACAAGGAUGGUGGUGACUCUGGGAAUCGUGAAGAUCAAAUCAAUGAGUUGAUUAGUAAGAUGAAUUAAUUAAUGAUAUAAUAUAAUCUUUAAGUGAAUGUUCAACUCUUUUCCUUCCAAAUUUCAGGCUUCGAUUUUUAUUAAUCCUUGUUUUAUGGAAUGUAGUUCUUAUAGGUUAUUUGUGAGCUCUUCGAGCUUGUAAUACCAAACAAAAUUUUGUUAACUUUUUGAGAUAUGUAUGUCUUAUUAUUUUUGUGA